AUGGUAAAAGAAUCGGAAUGCGAUCUACAAAAGAUGCAUUCAGUCAUAAUUGAUAGCGAUGGUUCCAGUGAACAUUUAUCAAUUAUUACCAAUACAGAAAUGAAUCAGGAAAUAGCAAUAGAAGGUAGUGAUGAUGAAUGUCCGAUACUGAUUAACGAAAAGGCUUUACAAGAAUCGAUUGAGAAUGAAAGCACGAAUUCCAUGAACCAGUUUGGAUCAUCAAAAACUUCAGAGAAUGAACGUUGGCAAGGACGAAAUCCCUUGCAAAAAUUUUCGAUUUUGAUUGGCAACAAUAAAUUAACAUUUAAAGUUACCGAUGCUCCUAAGAUGCAUAUGGGCUAGUUUUAUGUCGUAUUACUUUAUCUUCAGCAAAAAAAA